CCGAAGUGUUUUAAAGGAACUUGAAAUCAAUCCUGCGAACAAAAUGAGCUCAAUAUUUCAAUAUGUUGCAAUAUUUUUCAUAUUAUGCAUUGCCAAAGAAGUAAAAAACAGUGCGCCUGUCGAUUCAAAGAAUCCGCAGACAGAUGCAAAAGCCAUAGUGGAUUCGAACUUUGAUCAUAAAAUCGUUGCAAAAAUAUUGCCAUUCAGAACCCAAGAAGAAUGCGACUCUAUCAACAAAGCUGUUGCUUCGAUAAAUGGAGGCAAACCUUUAGUAGAUCCAAAAUACAUCCCUUUGCAGAGUUCCAAUCCAUACGAUGAUUUGAUUUUCGCCUUGAUCAACGAUUCGAUGACUGUCUUCAUUAUGUAUAUGGGGGAAUAUCUGGCUCGAAGAGACGAAACAUUCAUCAUCAUGGUAUUCGUACAAGUCGACGAUAAAACGAAAUUCAAAGAUGUUUACGACAAACGUGAGUAUCAACUAUCAACGUGCCUCGCUUCGAAAUUUUUCAUCUGACUUUUACGUGAAAUAAACGAUAGAACACUCCUUCGCCUUCGACGAUAUUCGUAGCAUCAACAGAGCACCUUUAAAAAACACGUUAAGAGUUUGGGCAGAAGGAAAUAGGCAAGACGAUACGCCACAAUGUGCCAUCAAUAUGUGCUGCGUGAAAGGCCAAAACUUACAGAAUGAGCGAUCAUCGUGGGAUGAUAAAAAGAGAGAUGAUUUGGAAUUCGUUCUGAUGAAGCAAUCCUACAAAGAUAGUAAAUGCUCGAUACAAUGUUACGGAACAGGGAUGCCGGAGGAACCAGCCAAUCUCCUGGAUGAUAUAAAAAAUCACAUUAAAAAUCACGACCAUGGCUGAUUUGUACACUUCUUUGGUUAAUUACAUUCAGAAUCAAGAUCAAUAUUUAGCUCAGAAACUUCACGAUUAUUGCGACGGUCGAGAUAAUUGGGCUAUUUGGAUAAUAAUCCUGUCGACUCGGCGAGGCGAUCCGAUGAAAUCAAUCGAUACAGCCUUUCAAGGGCUUUAUCAAAAUGUUACUUUGAAAGAUUACAUCGCGAAAUGCAACAUUCAAGACCCAGUAUUCAAAGACAUGCUGACAACUUUGGUAGACCCGGCUUCGUUACAAGAUCGACAGAAACCUCCACCCCCUCCUGCUCCGGAACCGUCAUUCUCGCACUUACAUGGACCGUCAGCAGAUGCCGACCAGCACUACACUCCUGCUCAUGCCGACGAUUAAAACAUCAGUGAAAUUAGUUAAUUGAUGGAUUAAAAAUAUGUGUAUCUAUAGGUAGUCGUUUAUUUUAUGUACAUUGCUUCAAGAAUUGGAUCAAUUUAUCCUACCUAUCUUGGAGAAAACAUACAUGUUUUAUCCAUGAACACUAGAAUAAUUAUGUGAAUCGUGAUCUGAGAAAGGUUCCCUCUGCCAUUUCAAAAGAAGUAGCUAUCUCUCCACCUGAGCCCUCUGUGGAAUAUUUUUAAAGAAAAGUUGUACUUUGAAAGCUUGCGAAUAUUUCUAGUAAUAAAAAAUUCAAUCCGAUCCCA